AUGGCCUCAACUUCGAAAAAAACGACGCCUUCUCCUUCUUGUUGUGACUCUUCUAGUACUACUGCAUCUCUUCCCAUUCGCCGUGAUGCUUCUCCUCCUUCGACGUCGUCGUCUUUGGUGCAGCAAGAUUGGACUGUUCCUGUUCCCUCAACUGAUCGCCGCCCGGUUGUCGAUUCUCUUCCAGAAUCUUCCCAAACCGCCUCCACUACUAAAACUGUCAUCCCAGUCAUGUUAAGGGCUCAGACCAGCCAUCCUUUGGAACCUUUGUCUGCUGCUGAAAUCUCUGUUGCAGUGGCAACUGUCAGGGCUGCCGGAGCUACUCCUGAGCUCAGAGAUAGCAUGCGUUUCAUUGAGGUGGUUCUGCUUGAACCAGAUAAACAUGUUGUCGGGCUUGCAGAUGCAUAUUUCUUCCCUCCUUUCCAACCUUCAUUGCUUCCUAGAACAAAAGGUGGACCUAUAAUUCCUACUAAGCUGCCUCCAAGAAGGGCUAGACUUGUUGUUUACAACAAACGGUCAAAUGAGACAAGCUUAUGGAUUGUGGAGCUCUCUGAAGUACAUGCAGCAACUCGAGGUGGACAUCAUAGAGGAAAAGUGAUUUCAUCUCAAGUUGUUCCAGAUGUUCAGCCUCCAAUGGAUGCUGUAGAAUAUGCUGAAUGUGAAGCCGUUGUCAAAGACUUUCCUCCAUUUAGAGAGGCAAUGAAAAAAAGAGGUAUUGAAGACAUGGAACUUGUGAUGGUUGAUGCCUGGUGUGUUGGUUACCACAGUGAUGCUGAUGCUCCAAGCAGAAGACUUGCUAAACCACUUAUAUUUUGUAGAACUGAGAGUGACUGCCCAAUGGAAAAUGGUUAUGCACGACCAGUCGAGGGCAUCCAUGUGCUUGUCGAUAUGCAAAACAUGAAGGUGAUCGAAUUUGAAGAUCAUAAACUUGUUCCCUUACCUCCAGCUGAUCCAUUAAGGAACUAUACUCCUGGUGAAACAAGAGGUGGUGUUGAUCGAAGUGAUGUGAAACCUUUACAAAUUAUCCAGCUUGAAGGUCCAAGCUUUCGUGUCAAUGGACACUAUAUAGAAUGGCAGAAGUGGAAUUUUCGCAUUGGAUUCACUCCUAGGGAGGGCCUGGUUAUACAUUCUGUUGCCUAUGUUGAUGGUAGCAGGGGGAGACGACCUGUAGCCCACAGGUUAAGCUUUGUAGAGAUGGUUGUGCCUUAUGGAGAUCCAAAUGAACCACAUUAUCGUAAGAAUGCUUUUGAUGCUGGGGAAGAUGGCCUAGGUAAAAAUGCACAUUCACUAAAAAAGGGCUGUGAUUGUCUGGGCUUUAUCAAAUACUUUGAUGCACACUUUACAAACUUCACUGGAGGUGUUGAAACAAUUGAAAAUUGUGUAUGUUUGCAUGAAGAGGAUCAUGGAAUUUUAUGGAAGCAUCAGGAUUGGAGGACAGGUUUGGCAGAAGUACGAAGGUCUAGACGGCUUACAGUUUCCUUUAUUUGUACUGUCGCCAAUUAUGAGUAUGGAUUUUUCUGGCACUUCUAUCAGGAUGGAAAAAUCGAAGCUGAAGUGAAGCUUACGGGAAUCCUUAGCUUAGGAGCAUUACAACCUGGGGAGACUCGAAAAUAUGGUACAACCAUUGCCCCAGGUCUCUAUGCACCAGUUCAUCAACACUUCUUUGUUGCUCGUUUGGACAUGGCAGUUGAUUGCAAAGCUGGUGAAGCUUUCAAUCAGGUUGUUGAGGUGAAUGUUGAAUUUGAGAAACCUGGGGAGAAAAAUGUCCACAAUAAUGCAUUCUAUGCCAAAGAGACACUGCUCCGAUCAGAAUUGCAAGCAAUGCGUGAUUGCAACCCCCAAACAGCUCGCCAUUGGAUUGUGAGAAACACUAGAACCGUAAACAGAACUGGACAAUUAACAGGCUACAAGCUAGUACCUGGUUCAAAUUGUUUGCCAUUAGCUGGUCCUGAGGCAAAGUUUUUGAGGCGAGCUGCUUUUCUGAAUCACAAUCUUUGGGUCACACCUUAUACACAUGGCGAAAUGUUUCCUGGAGGAGAGUUCCCUAAUCAAAAUCCACGUGUUGGUGAAGGACUGUCUACAUGGGUUAAGCAGAAUCGACCUUUAGAAGAAACUGAUAUAGUUCUUUGGUAUGUAUUUGGGAUUACACAUGUUCCUCGGUUGGAAGAUUGGCCAGUCAUGCCUGUGGAGCGCAUUGGUUUUAUGCUUAUGCCUCAUGGGUUUUUCAAUUGCUCUCCUGCUGUGGAUGUUCCUCCCAGCACAUGCGAAUUGGACGCCAAAGACAAUGAUGUGAAAGACAAUGGUGUAGGGAAGACACUUCAAAGUGGGGUGCUGGCCAAGCUUUAA